AUGACUACGAAGAAGCUUCUAAAAAAAGAAAAGAUGCCGACCUAUUUUCUGAUAUUGAAAAUAUAGAGAAAAAUAAACACACUCGCAAAGAACGUAAAAAAAAGGCAUAUUCAAGUGAUAAUUCUGAUUCUGAUGAAUCUUAUAGUCCACCUACAAAAGUUUUAAAAGUACAUUCAAAGAGUACUACGUCGCAGUCACACCAAAAAAAUAUUACCAGCGUAUGUGAUAAAACUCAAGAAACGAAUGUGUGUGAUAUUAAUACCAAUAAUUCUUACAAUCCACCUUGUAAAAUCAUAACUGAUUCACGAUAUGCUACGUCACAUAAGAACGUAUCUACCAAAAUAGUCAAUAAUGAAGAAACUAUAAACUCAGAACAGUUUUGUAAUUCUAAUUCAGAAUCGGAACUCAGAGAAAAUGAAAGCAAUGUUGAAAAUGUCGACGAAACCGAAUUUAGCCGUAUUAAAGAAAACGAUCAUGUUAACGCAAUUACUUCUAAGAAUAGAAUAUCGACAAAUAAAAAAAAUAUGUUGCCACCUGGAGAAUGUGAAGAGAUUACCGAUAAUGGUGCUAAAAAUAGGAACGACAAUUCACAAACUGAUACUCAACAAAAAGGAUCGUUUAGUGCAGAUAACUUGUCAACUGUAUUGAGGCUUAUUCUGACAAAGCAAAAUAAAAUCGUAAAACAGAACGAAAUUAUAAUGACUAAAAUUACGAUUCUCGAGAAAAAAGUUUCUCUUACAGAAACAAGUCAUUGCCAGUUGAGUAACCGAACAAAAGAUAAAUUAUAUGAAACGUUCAUUAUAAAAACUACGAACGAUCUAGAGCAGUUUGACGCUUGUUUAAAAAAAAAGAAGUUUUUUUGA